AAAUAGUGCACUAUAUAGUGAAUAGGGGACGAAUUCAGACACUACUACAGUUUGAGCGCUCAGUUCGAUGUUCAUCAUGAGAGAGCAGGUGGAUGUGAUUCAUGCUGGAGAACAGCAGAUGCUGCAGACACCAGUGAAGAUUGAAGUGAAGCAGGAGGGGAUAAAAGAAGAAAACACAGCAGAGGAACAACAGAGUGAUGAAGAUGAUGAUGAACAGCAGAUGCUGCAGACAUCAGUGAAGAUUGAAGUGAAACAGGAGAUAAAAGAAGAACACACAACAGAAGAACAACAGAGUGAUGAAGAUGAUGAUGAUUUUAUUCCUGCAGAACUGAUGGAAGUGAGAGAGGAACGUGAAGAACUGAAUGAAGUGGAGGACGAACAGCAUGUUUUUAUUACUGGAGAAAAAUCUUUGAGUGGCUCAAACACCAAAACUCCAAAAAAUCCUCUAAGAAGAACAGCCAAGAAAUCUUUCACCUGCUCUCAGUGUGGAAAGAGUUUCACAAGUAAAAGAGAUCUUAAUAGACACACAAGAAUUCACACAGGAGAGAAGCCUUACACAUGCCUUCAGUGUGGGAAGAGUUUUGCAUAUGCAACCAAUCUCAAGAGUCAUCUCUUUUGUCACUCUGGAGAAAAGUCAUUUGAAUGUGACAAGUGUGGUAAAACUUUUGUUCUGGCACAGUCCCUAAAACAACAUCUAAAAACUCACACAAAUGAGAAGCCUUACAAGUGUUCAAUUUGUGGAAAGAGUUUUGCACACGUGUCCUAUCUUAAACAGCACCAGAAAAUUCAUACCGGUGUGGCGGCUCAUAUGUGCUUUGAAUGUGGGAAGUUCUUCAUUACAUCCACCAGCUUGAAACUGCACCAAAGAAUUCAUACGGGAGAAAAACCAUACAAGUGCUCACACUGUGGAAAGAGUUUCACUCAGUCAGUAAACCUGAAAACACACGAGAGAAUUCAUACUGGAGAGACACCAUACAAGUGCUCACACUGUGGAAAGAGUUUCACUCAGUCAGAUAACCUGAAAACACACAAGAGAAUUCAUACUGGAGAGAAACCUUACAUGUGCUCACACUGUGGAAAGAGUUUCACUCAGUUAAAAAACCUGAAAACACACAAGAGAAUUCAUACUGGAGAGAAACCUUACAAGUGCUCACACUGUGGAAAGAGUUUCACUCAGUCAAAAAACCUGAAAACACAUGAGAGAAUUCAUACUGGAGAGAAACCAUACAAGUGCUCAUACCGUAAAAAGAGUUUUACCCAGUCAGAAACCCUGACAACACACAAGAUAAUUCAUACUGGAGAGACACCAUACAAGUGCUCACACUGUGAAAAGAGUUUCACUCGGUCUCAAAACCUGAAAACACAUGAGAAAAUCCAUACUGGAGAGAAACCAUACAAGUGCUCAUACUGUGAAAAGAGUUUCAUUCAGUCACAAAACCUGAAAACACACAAGAUAAUUCAUACUGGAGAGAAACCAUACAAGUGCUCACACUGUGAAAAGAGAUUCACUCGGUCACAAAACCUGAAAACACAUGAGAGAAUCCAUACUGGAGAGAAACCUUACAAGUGCUCAUACAGUGAAAAGAGUUUCACUCCAUUAAAAAACUUGAAAACACACGAGAGAACUCAUACUGGAGAGAAACCAUACCACUGCUCUUCAUGUCAUUUCUUCAUCUGAUGUAAAAAAAAUUGCCCAAGAAAUCACAGUUAGUGGUCGAUCAAUAUGGAUUUUUCAAUGGGACUACCAUUUGUGUAUAUCAGAAGAUAUCAAGAUUCAUCAGACCAGACUGUGUUUUUCCUGUCUUUAUCUGUCCAGUUUUGAUGAGCCUGUGCCCACUGUAGUCUCUGCUUUCUGCUCUUGGCUGACAGAAGUGGAACCUGACGUGGUCUUCUGCUGUUGUAGCCCAUUCGCCUCACCUCUCUCAUCAACAAGGCGUUUCCAUUCGCAGAACUUCCGCUCACUGGAUGUUGCAUCUUUAGCAACAUUGACUCUGUGAUCACAAAUAGAUCUACAAAUUGCCCGGAUAGUGUAAAAUGUGAAAGCAUUUGAAUUAAAUUUAGAUUAAUAAUACAUUUUCUUUUGAUUAUUUCUAUAUUUGUCUUGCCAUCUGUGUUUACAUGUUGUCUGAUGUCACUAUUAAAGGCCAUCCUUCAUAA